AUGACCAACCUUCUCGAAGAGGGCCAUGAGCUUUAUGCCCUAGAUUGGCUCGGCCAGGGACGAAGCGACAAACCUACGAACUGCGAGUCUAUUACAUUUGAGUUGCACAUGCGGACGUUAAGUGCCUUUGUCAACCAUGUGCAGCUCCGAGACGCCGUGCUGGUAGCACACAGUUGGGGUGGAGUCUUAGAUGGUUAUGUGUCUGAAUCCACUAUCACGCGAUUCAUAUCUCCAGAAAUUUUGGAGGGAGAUGUUGAAGGCUAUGGCGCACCUUACCGGCACCUACCCGCGAACGCUAGACCUAGCGUCGAGCAUUUUGCACAUGUAGGAACUGGAAUACCGCAUUUUGUUCUGAGAGAUCUUCGUGAGACACCGCUGUGGAAGAUAUUUGAAGCUAUUUGUGGUCCAAGAAACUUCAGUGACCUGAACGCGUUGGCACUUCUAUCAGAAAGGGAUGACAAUGCGAGACGGUACUGGCAAAAGAACCGACGAGAUGAUCUGAAUGAGGCCACAGAGAGCAGGCUAAAAAGUGUUGUGGUAUUUGGAGAGCGUGAUCCAUUGUCGAAAAAUUACAAGGAGACCCUUGUACAUGUCAUUGGCACGAAUAACAUGGCGGAGUGGGCACCAAAUGGUAUCUGGCUCCAAAAUGCAGGUCACUACCCCAUGCAAGAUAAGCCAGAGGAUGUUGCGCAAUUGAUAGCUAGAUUUGCCUAG